GCGGGGAGCGUGCGCCGGCGGGAAGGGGAAGCGGCGGGUAAGAAGGGCCUGCGUCCGGGCGCGACUGUGACGGGGUUGGGAACGACCUCUUCGCGCUUGCGGCUCUCGGGCCCCCUGAGCAGAGCAGAGGAGCCUCCGGAGCCGCUUCCUCCGGCCGCUCACGCCGGCCUCCUAUUCCAAGUGUUUCCGUCCGCACCUUUUCGCUUGGUCCGCUCCGCUCCUGCCUCUCCUCUCCCCGCCCCCACCCGGGAAUCCGAAGGCCGAGCCCGCAGCCGGUCAGCCCCAGCCCGUGGCGGACCAAUUAGGGUAGGAACAGGUUAUGGGCAACAGUCCUUUUAAUUAAUCUGUCACCAUCAUGGCUAAUGAGGCCUGUCCCAAGGCUGGUGAUAGUCCUUUUUCAUCAGAUAAACAUGCCCAACUCAUCUUGGCCCAGGUCAAUAAAAUGAGGAAUGGAGAGCAUUUCUGUGAUGUGCAGUUACAAGUUGGAAAGGAAACUUUUAAAGUUCAUCGACUGGUUUUGGCUGCCAGUAGUCCUUACUUUGCAGCUUUGUUCACUGGAGGAAUGAAAGAGUCCUCAAAAGAUGUUGUACAGAUUCUAGGAAUUGAAGCUGGAAUCUUUCAAAUACUUCUAGAUUUCAUUUAUACAGGUAUAGUGAAUAUAGGUGUGAAUAACGUCCAGGAACUGAUUGUCGCAGCAGACAUGCUACAGUUGACUGAAGUUGUUAAUCUGUGCUGUGAAUUUCUGAAAGGACAGAUUGAUCCAUUGAACUGCAUUGGGAUCUUUCAGUUCUCUGAGCAAAUUGCCUGCCAUGACCUUUUGGAAUUCACAGAAAACUACAUUCAUGUCCAUUUCUUAGAGGUUCAUAGUGGGGAAGAGUUCCUGGCACUUACAAAAGAUCAAUUGAUCAAAAUUUUGCGAAGCGAAGAGCUCAGUAUUGAGGAUGAGUAUCAGGUCUUCUUAGCUGCAAUGCAAUGGAUUCUGAAGGACCUGGGAAAAAGAAGAAAACAUGUGGUGGAAGUACUAGAACCAAUUCGAUUCCCUUUAUUACCUCCUCAGAGGCUUUUAAAGUAUAUAGAAGGAGUAUCCGAUUUUAAUCUUCGUGUUGCAUUGCAAACACUUUUGAAAGAGUACUGUGAGGUGUGCAAAUCUCCCAAAGAGAACAAGUUUUGUAGUUUUCUGCAGACAUCUAAAGUUCGACCUCGGAAGAAAGCAAGAAAGUACCUGUAUGCAGUAGGUGGAUAUACUCGGUUGCAGGGGGGUCGUUGGAGUGAUAGCAGAGCUCUCAGCUGUGUAGAACGUUUUGACACCUUUAGCCAGUAUUGGACCACUGUGUCUUCACUUCAUCAGGCUCGAUGCGGGCUGGGAGUAGCAGUUCUGGGAGGGAUGGUUUACGCUAUUGGAGGUGAAAAGGAUUCAAUGAUUUUUGACUGUACCGAAUGCUAUGAUCCAGUUACUAAACAGUGGACAACUGUAGCUUCAAUGAAUCACCCCCGCUGUGGCUUGGGAGUGUGUGUGUGUUAUGGGGCUAUCUAUGCUUUGGGUGGAUGGGUUGGAGCUGAGAUAGGGAACACCAUUGAACGAUAUGAUCCUGAUGAAAAUAAGUGGGAAGUAGUUGGCAACAUGGCUCUGUCGCGCUACUACUUUGGGUGUUGUGAAAUGCAAGGUUUAAUUUACGUAAUUGGGGGCAUCAGCAAUGAAGGAAUAGAGCUUCGUUCUUUUGAAGUGUAUGAUCCACUUUCUAAGCGUUGGUCUCCACUUCCUCCAAUGGGAACCAGGAGAGCAUACCUUGGUGUAGCUGCACUCAAUGACUGUAUAUAUUCUGUUGGAGGGUGGAAUGAGACACAAGAUGCUCUUCAUACUGUAGAAAAAUAUUCCUUCGAAGAGGAAAAGUGGGUUGAAGUUGCCUCAAUGAAAGUGCCUAGAGCAGGCAUGUGUGUUGUGGCAGUCAAUGGGCUUCUGUAUGUUUCUGGAGGUCGAUCUUCCAGCCAUGAUUUCUUGGCUCCAGGUACCUUGGAUUCAGUUGAAGUUUAUAACCCUCAUUCAGAUACAUGGACAGAAAUCGGUAACAUGAUCACCAGUCGUUGUGAAGGAGGUGUUGCUGUACUAUGAAAUAUAAAGCAUAAGGGAGCACAAGAAACAUUUUGAAAAUAGAGGAUCUGACCCUUUGCAAGUCACACAUGUAUUUGGUGAUAGGACCCUCUGAUUCUACUGAAUUUUCCAUGUAUUUGGUAGAUAAAUGACUAAAGAAUGAUUUUUCUAAGAAUUUGAGUAAGGAGAAAUAUGGAACAUAUCCUAAAUAUUAAAGAACUCACACAAAUUUGCCAAGCUUACCAAUAGAAAUGCUGUUUAUGCUCUAGAAUUCUCCCCUUAGAGUCCUAUUUGUAAAAAUGAUUUGCUAGAAGCUUCUUGGCAAAUAGCCCCAUUCAUGCUUCUCCAGUGCAAACCAUGCUGUAACAUGACCCUUAAGUACUGUAGGAAUAUCAGUGAGCAGUUUAAAGAUGUCUGUAGAUUCAUGGUUCAAUCUACAGACAGUUUUCCAUGGCCACAGUUGAACUUAACGGAGAAAAGCCAACGAAACAAUUCCCUUUUUAUUUGAUGCUAGGAGUUUUCACUAGUCCCAAACUUUUUAUUGGCACCAGAUAUACUGGGAGGAACAUGUGGGAAAUAUCUACCUAUCUGUAUAGAUGUUUAUAUAGAUAAAUAAAUUUUUGCCUGUUAAUACAGGAUUAAAAAAGCUUUUGCUCACUUAUUUUUUUUGUCUUAAUGCUGAAAGUGCAAGUGAGAAAUUACUAGGAGGUUCUUAGUGACAGUCCUUUAGUACAAUUGGAUGAUAUAAUGGGUGACAGAGCCCAGUGAGAUGUAUGUACUUAUUAAAUUUCUUUCCUAAUUUCUAAAUGGUUAUCAAAAAUAUCUGCUUGGCUUUGGGAAGAGGGGAUUUUAUUAGACUAUCAAGCUUUGUGAAACUUCCUUGUACUUGGGCAAUCCUAAGUAUGAACUUAGUAGAAAGCCACUGCCUGGUUUGGAGACCGUGGAAUUAUAGGUACUUAUGAAGCUAUUUAUAGACAUUGAUAAAAGUGUUAAGUUGAAAGGCCUGUGGUCCAGAACUACUUCUCAAAACUUUUCGUUUUUCCCUUGAGAAACAUUCUAAAGAAUGGUUAUCUGUCCAGUUCUGAGAGGAACAUUUUUUGUGUACCUGACCAUCACUUUUAGUUAUUUCUACUAGUCGUUUAGAGCCAUUCAUAUUAAAGGUCUUGCAUACAUUUAGGUUUAUCUAGUGAUUCCAGGAUUUGAUUUGUAUAUCCCUGAUUUCCCCUUUUCCUUUUCUUUUUCCCCUUUUCCCUUUUUUUUUUUUUUUUUUUUUUAAGAUUUUGUUUUUAAGUAAUCUCUGCACCGAGGUUGGGGCUUGAACCCACAACCCUAAGAUCAAGAGUUAUAUGCUCCUCUGACCAAACCAGCCAGGCACCCCUGAUUUCCUUUUCUUUCCUAAAGUCCUUAAGUGUAUUAUUAUAAUUAUAUAGGCAUCAGCAUCUUAUUUAGAUAGAAAAUCUUUGAUGGUAAGCAUUAAAGAUUCAGGUAGCACUCACAUCCAAAAUAUUUGGAUUGACCCACAAGGAUACUUUCUUUCAUAACUUAACCAUAUGCAUGUAUUAAGAAAAGCUUAUGUAGUACAGACAGAAAGCUCUGUGUCCCUUUCUUUGGGGUAUCCUAAAGUCUGAAGGGUCAUAGAUGCCUGGUUGAGAUCUAUAAGAUGUCAAGGAGUGACAGAUAAUUUGUAGAUUAUUUAAACUCUAAUUAAUGUGCCUUUAAUAUUUCUAGUUACAGAGAAUCUGCAUUUUGGUUCAAGAGAUUUACAGAAUAUUCCUAUAAUUUAAUUCCCAUUAUUGCCUGGUACCAACCUAAAAUGGCACUGUGAAGGGAGGCAUUUUGUACUGCUGUGGCAGAAACAUGUCAAGACAAUCUGUGUUUGGGCUUAAUAUGUCCUAACAAUCCUUGUAAAUAUAUUAUUGUAAAAAUGCUUAUUAUUUUCUAGGUAAUGAUAUGGUUUUAAAAAUAAUCUACUAAUAAAGUAUGUUAAUUUUUGCUUUU